UCUAAAUUUAUAUUCGGAAAUGGUACUAAAAUCUAAAUUGGCUCGUUUAUUGUCACCAGCCAGGUGCCUCUGGAGCGUGCGUGGUGGUUUAUCUAGCUCUCGCAAUUUAGCUAAAUUUUCACCCACAUUUCCUGAUCCACCCUGCCAGCCCCCCGAUCUGCUUUGCCACUACGUGAAAGAUAAAUGCACGCCGUCCCGUGAUAUUCUGGAACUUGAGCUCCCCUUUGACAAGCACAUGCUUGAUCUAGAGAGGCUGAAGCGAGAAAAAUUGUUGGAACCGCCGUGCUGCGUUUUACGCACGGCCCAUCAGCAUCCCUGUGUGGGGGUCUAUCCAAUACGGAAGAAGAUGAAGAAGGAAGAGUGUCCGCCGUUCCGUUCUAUGUGGGAGAUACAGUGUCAGACACAUGAGCAACGCUACUGUAAAGGAAUGUUACCGCGCUUUGAUGAAAUCUAUUACAAGCCGUCGGUUAAGUGUAGAUGCUAUCAGCGCACGUGGGUUGAAUGUCCGCCAGUGAAGGAACGUUUAAAGAAGGUCUGUUGCCUGGAUGGCAUUAGUCCGCCGGAGGUGCAUAAGCGCAACAAGGAGCGCUGUCCCCAAACGACCUGUAUGUUUGACUACUCACGCAUGCGACACAUUUGCAAGAAUCGAGGGGCUGAAUCUGUGUAUCGCUGCCCCAAGAUACAUUGGCCGUGCUGUAAGCCAGCGCGCUGUAAUAACAGCUGCCGUGUUCAUAAGAGGCUCAGCAAGUGUAGAAGGCUACGAACUCCGUAUCCUUGUUUCUCGGAACAACGCCCGAGGUACCAACCACUGCGAGCUCGACAGUGCCACGAAGAGCCCAUUAGCAGGUGCGAAAUCUGGCGAAUGUUGCACAAACGAGAACUUAGUGGAUUGAAAAAUUUUUACUGCUAGUCCAGCCACGAUCUCGAGCAGUCAAUGAAGAUAUACCCCAUGGUCUUUCAUCAUUGAUUGUUCUAGAACGUAAUUUGCAAAAGCCUCACACACUUUGAACGGAAAGCGUUUUACGGACACACAAAGGCGUAGGCUUAACCCAAGACAAAAUUUUACAGAAGAUCCACAUACGAGCCUUGGAUCAUUCAAUUUGACAAAUGUGAUAUAGGCCAGCAGCGGUACCUUAACAACACUGUGGACC